CAAAAAUCUGCCCUUUUGGCAUUGUUUUGCCAAAGUAUCCAAGCAUAGAAGUAGAUAAGUGAAAUACUCCCCUUCACCGGCUCCUCCCGCCGGCGCCGUAGACAAACAAUGUUCUUGUUAAACCCCCAACUCCACCAGCAAACCACCAUUUCCUCUCUCCUUCCAACCACCUCUUCUACUUCCCUAUCUAAAUCCCACCACAAAACCCAAUCAUUGUUCUUCCGUAAACCCACCUUAUCAUUCCUUCAGUUCUCCCUCCGCCACCACCCCCAGCAACAAUCAUACACCAACGUCAACAGAGACGACGAAGGAUACGAAGAAGAAGAAGAUGAGCAAGUAAUCGGAGACUGCUUAGUUUUUGAAGAGGGCAUAUUCGAUGACCCUUUCAUUCAAAACGAAAUUCAGCUUGAAGCGCCCAAACCCUCCAAAAGGGUUACUAAAAUCGUGGUUCAACCGGAGGAUUUGGUUCCAGCGAACUGGAAAGACGUUCAGACAGAGAUUAAUAUCACGAAGAAAGAGAGGAGAAAGAUGGCCCAGGAAAUGGAAUUCGGGAGCAGACUACAGAAGAGGAAAGACGGGUUAAAACCUAUACCGAUGGGGUAUGAGAGUAUGAAAGAAUACAAAGCUGCAAAACUACGGGAAUUGAAGCCAGUUGUGUUGGAUAAUCCUCAAUUUUUGGUGGACAAGAACGAAGGUGAUGGCACCGAAGAUGAAAUUGACGAGGGUGAAGGUAGCAGGGGCAUCAGAGUGACCCCUAGGAACCCUAAAAUGGCCGUAUAUGGCCGGAAUUUGGAGGAUAUUUCACGAUACUUGAACUCCGGCAUGUAUGAUCCUGAAGCUGCCAAAGAUCCAGAAGGUCCUCGUAAGUUGUUUUCAAAGGAGGAGAAAGUUCUUAUGAAUAGGCGGACACCUGAUUUGGCAACUGCUACCUCUGAUAAAUGGCAACCUUUACACACUCUUGCUGCAUCAGGAGAAUUUUACCUUGUUGAUACUUUAAUGAAAUACAAUGUAGAUAUCAACGUCCCCAAUCAGGAGGGACUCACAGCACUUCACAAAGCAAUACUUGGAAAAAAGCAUGCCAUUUGUAAUUAUCUAUUGAGAAAUUCAGCUAAUCCAUUUGUUCGUGACAAAGAUGGGGCUACCCUUAUGCAUUAUGCUGUACGCACUGCAUCAACUCAAAUGAUAAAAAUCCUUUUACUUUAUAACGUGGAUAUAAACCUCCAAGACAACUACGGGUGGGCCCCACUGCAUCUAGCUGUCCAAUCGCGUAGAAGUGAUGUGGUGAGGCUUUUGUUGAUCAAGAAAGCUGAUAAGACACUCAAAAACCAAGAAGGGUUGACCCCAGUGGAUCUUUGCCUUUAUAGUGGAAGAGACACACGGACAUAUGAGUUGGUCAGGCUACUAAAACUGCCACCCAAACCACGUAAAUAUGUUGCACUCAUGGAAUAGCAAUCUACUUCCAUCAUGCUUUGUUUGGCUAUCAUCAUCAUCAUCCCAUCAUGCAAAACUUUGAUUGGCUGACAAAUGGCACAAUCCUAAUGACUCAUGUCAUCAUGUUGACCAACGACCAACCUUACUGUUACACAAUGCCAGGGGUAGGAUAGGUAUUAUAGACAUAUAUGGAUUAGUAUGCAGCUAAGAGACAUGAACAACAUGUAAAUUUUUUUAAUUUUUUUUUUCCUCCAAACUUUGAGUUCCUUUCAUCACUGCUUGUUAUGUAGGACAAGACAAGUGGCCUUGUUGUGCAUUUGGCGUGCAUUGCACUCGGACCGGUCAACGAGACAAAAAUUGCAAUUUAAGUCUUGUUCAAAAGGUGGGACACGAACUUGCUCUCAAUCUGUGUUUGUGAAAAAGACAUGAAUGCCCC